CGUUUCAGUUCUCUCCGUUGCUUUUAUCGAUUUUGGACAGUCAACAAUGACCUGCAAAAUGGAAAAUGGCGACGCAUCGCCGCCGUCGCCACCGCCGGUGCCUAAGGUAGGGGUGGCGGUGUUUUUAUUAAAUGGAAAUAAGGUGCUGUUAGGCCGUCGCCUCUCUUCCAUCGGCUACAACACCUUCGCCCUCCCCGGCGGACACCUAGAGUUCGGAGAAAGUUUUGAAGAAUGUGCAGCCAGGGAGGUGAAGGAGGAGACCGGAUUGGAUAUUGAUAAAACCGAGCUCUUAACAGUUGUCAACAAUGUGAUCACAGAGAAAGUGCACGUUGUUUGCGUCCUAUUACGAGCAAUCCUGGUUGAUCCUGCUCAGGUUCCGCAAAAUCUUGAGCCUGAGAAGUGUGGUGGUUGGGAAUGGUAUGAUUGGAACGAGCUCCCAAAGCCACUCUUUGGACCUUUGGAGGAUGUGGUUCAGGCUGGGUUUAAUCCAUUCCCUACAAACUAAAACCAUUUCCUUAGAUUAUCGCAGAUUUUCAGACGGAUCAAACCUCCAUUUGCUGCUGCAAAUGAAAAUGGAAAAUCACAUAUCAAUGUUCGGGUGUAAAACUAAAAAGCACGAUCCAUUUAUUAUCAUGUUCGUAGUCUCCAAUCUAUUCGGGAAAAAAUUUAUGAAAACUAAUAUUAUGUACACUCUGAUUUAAUUUGUAGCCUAUCUAGUUUAGUAUUUAGGUGGAUCCACUUUGCUGGUUGCUACAAGUAUUUUGCUGUGGGUAUAGUUUAUGUUUCUGUGUAUAUGUUUGAAUUGUUCACUACAA